GGGGCUGGAGUCGGCGUGGCCAUGGUCCUGGUUCUGCUGGUGGCCAUUCCCCUUUUGGUCCACACCACCAAAGGGGGAGGGUCCGGAGGAGGGGUCACGCAAUACGAGAUGCUCGGGAGCUGCAGGAUGGUGUGUGACACUUUCACCCCCCCACAGGGAGAGCUGACAGCCGUCUCCCCUCAGCCCCCAGACUUCUCAAACCGCAGGGGAAAACAAGGGUUCAGAGGGACCCCUGGACUACCUGGCCCUGCAGGUCCUAAGGGGCCCCCUGGAGAGCCUGGCAAGCCUGGCCCACCUGGUCCACCAGGGCCCGGGCCCGGUGGCUAUGGCCCCUCAUUCUACAGCCCCAAAAUAGCCUUCUACGCAGGCCUCCGGAAACAACACGAAGGGAGUGAGAUACUAAAGUUUGAUGACGUAGUGACCAAUGUAGGGAACUACUAUGAGCCAAGCACUGGCAAGUUCACUUGCCCUCUGCCAGGUAUCUACUACUUCACGUACCAUGUCCUGAUGAGAGGUGGUGAUGGUACGAGCAUGUGGGCUGACCUGAAGAAGAACGGACAGGUGAGGGCCAGUGCGAUCGCUCAAGAUGCAGAUCAGAACUACGACUACGCCUCCAACAGUGUCAUCCUGCACCUGGACGUGGGGGACGAGGUCUGUGUGCAGCUGGACGGGGGCAAAGUUCACGGGGGAAACACCAACAAAUACAGCACCUUCUCCGGCUUCCUCAUCUACCCCGACUGA